CGGCUUCCGGAGGCACCUUCUAUGCCCUCCCCCGAAUAACUGCCUGCUCGUCAAAUCCCGCAAGCGCUUGGCGGCGGCAACUGGGAACUCGAAGCCUCAGUUUCCCGCGGCUGCGAGGGAAUUUUUUUUACCAUAGAGAGCGAAGGCUAGAGCGACAGUAUGCUGGGCCUCCAAUAAGCGCGCGCGAGAGGCCCUUUGCAUUUUCACCAUAGAUAUUUAUACGGGAAGCUCGCGCUGUACGUGACCCUGCUUUCCCUCAUCUGCCUGUAACUUUUCCUCACGGCGUCCUGUUUGUGUCUUUACUGCCCCUCGGGAUGGCCCUCAACAAAUCUAUGCAUGCAAGAAAUAGGUACAAGGACAAACCACCCGACUUCGCUUAUCUGGCAUCAAAGUACCCAGAGUUCAAGAAACAUGUGCAAAUAAAUUUGUCUGGAAGAGUGAGUGUAAACUUCAAAGAUCCAGAAGCAGUGAGAGCCUUGACGUGUACCCUGUUGAAAGAAGACUUUGGACUUCAAAUUGACAUACCAUUAGAAAGACUUAUUCCAACUGUUCCCUUGAGACUUAACUAUAUCCACUGGGUUGAAGAUCUGAUUGCUCAGCAAGAUGCUGCUACUAAAGGUUCAGUUAUAUGUGGAAUAGACAUAGGCACAGGUGCCUCCUGCAUUUACCCAUUACUUGGUGCAACUUUGAAUGGAUGGUAUUUCAUUGCAACGGAAGUGGAUGAUGUGUGUUUCAGCUAUGCCAAGAAGAAUGUGGAGCAAAAUAAUUUAUCUGACCUUAUAAAAGUGGUUAAAGUGCCACAAAAGACACUCCUGCUAGAUGCCUUAGAAGAAGAAUCUGAAGUUAUCUAUGACUUCUGCAUGUGUAACCCUCCCUUUUUUGCCAACCAGCUAGAAGCAAAGGGAGUAAAUUCCCGUAAUCCCAGAAGACCACCUCCCAGCUCAGUCAACACAGGAGGGAUCACUGAGAUCAUGGCUGAAGGAGGGGAGCUAGAGUUUGUCAAGAGAAUAAUCCAUGACAGCCUGCAGCUUAAAAAAAGAUUACGGUGGUACAGUUGUAUGCUUGGAAAAAAGUGCAGUUUGGCACCAUUGAAAGAAGAGCUUCGAAUUCACAGAGUACCUAAAGUGACCUACACAGAGUUCUGUCAAGGUCGUACCAUGAGAUGGGCGCUGGCUUGGAGCUUCUAUGAAAAUGUCAGAGUGCCAUCACCUCCUUCAAAGAAAAGAAAAUUUGAAAAGCCCCGGAAACCAAUUACAUUCCUCGUCUUGGAAUCUACAGCCAAAGAGUUGGCUACCAAAGCCUCAUCUGUGGGAAUAGAUGCUGUUGAAGGAAUGGCAGUAGUUGCUGCAUGGAUCAGAAAACUUCUUACAGAUCUGAAGGUUCAGCAUAAAAGCCUUCCUUGUGGAAAUGAUGAAGUCAGCUUGUUUCUAACAGCUCUAGAAAAUUCCUGGAUUCACUUAAGGAGAAAGAAAAGGGAUCGAGUCAGACAACUACGUGAACUUCCUCGAGCAUCUGUCGAUUUCCUGCAAACCACAGAAGAAAAGGACCAGAAAAAUCCAAGUAAUACCACAGAAUCUGAAGGAAACAAGAGUGAAACCAGCGAAAAUGCAUCUGUGGCACUUGGUCAUGACCCUGAAUCAGCAGAAGGUGAUGGACUUAAUAGUGAACCUGAAGUUAAAGAGGGAAACAUCCAGGAACAUAUUGAAGAAAUCAGAGAAGAAACACAAGAUCUAGCUUUAGCAGGAUUGAAAGAUUCCAGUCCUGGAAAGGAGUCCAUGGUCUUAAUCACUGAUAGUCAAGCUACUGAGACUGGACAGAGUGCCAACACCUCGAGUGAAUGGUUCCUUUUCAAGUGUGUCUUAAUUGUGAAGAAAGAGGGGACAAAUUCCUUAGUAGAAAUGCACUGGAUUGAGGGACAGAACAGAGAUUUAAUGAACCAGCUGUGUACCUACCUAAAGAACCAAAUGUUCCGCUUGGUCACAACUUAAGUACAAAUGGAAAUGAGGGAAAAUACAUAGGUUUUAUUUGGAUAGUCUUGCUCUUCUGUUUAAUAUAUUCUAUGAUACCAUUGCUGUGAAAGGUGACUUUUAAAAAAUUCUUUUGAAGUGUGAUGUUCUGAAGAAUUAUGCUGGUUUUCUAAAAAAAAAAAAAAAAAACCUGGGUUGGAUCCAGACUAAAUUAGUUGCAUUUAGCCCUCAUUUAAAUCAGUGGGACUUAAGUUAUGGACUAACUUAUAUACUUGAUGCCAAUGAAACCUAAGAGCGACUAAUUUAUUCUUGGUCCAGCCCUUCACUUAACAGCCUUUCAGUAUUUUACUUGAGCAACAUACAUUUAGAAAAUAGCACUGUAGCAGCUUUUAGAAGGGUAAUGUUAUUGUAUAAUCUUCAUCUGUUUUUCCAUCUGCCCAAAGGUUCUCCACUAUAUGUGUAUCUUGCCUCCCUCGACAAUUUCCUAGUAAAUACUCCUGAACUUCAGAUUGCAAUGUAAACAGGUAUUUUUCUACAUAAUGCAACUCCAGGUUUGAAAGAGUGAGGACUGGACAAAAAUGGCACUGUUUUGUUUUGUUUGUUUUUGGCCAUGAAAUUGUGAAAACCAGUAUUUGUAGUACUCUGAUGAAUCUUGGUGAUAAACACAUUAUUUUUAAAAUGUAAAGUUCACGUGUAGUUUGAAUAAAACCAGAGUAGAUGAAAAGCUAAGAUAUUU